AUGUGGGUCCCUGGAGCUGGAUAUGGAGCCCUGGAGAAGGAUGUGGGGCCCUGGAGCUGGAUGUGGGGCCCUGGAGAAGGAUGUGGGGCCCUGGAGAAGGAUGUGGGGCCCUGGAGCUGGAUGUGGGGCCCUGGAGAAGGAUGUGAGGCCCUGGAGCUGGAUGUGGGGCCCUGGAGCUGGAUGUGGGGCCCUGGAGCUGGAUGUGGGGCCCUGGAGAAGGAUGUGGGGCCCUGGAGAAGGAUGUGGGGUCCUGGAGCUGGAUGUGGGGCCCUGGAGCUGGAUGUGGGGCCCUGGAGAAGGAUGUGGGGCCCUGGAGCUGGAUGUGAGGCCCUGGAGCUGGAUGUGGGGCCCUGGAGCUGGAUGUGGGGCCCUGGAGAAGGAUGUGGGGCCCUGGAGCUGGAUGUGGGGCCCUGGAGCUGGAUGUGGGGCCCUGGAGAAGGAUGUGGGGCCCUGGAGAAGGAUGUGGGGCCCUGGAGCUGGAUGUGGGGCCCUGGAGAAGGAUGUGGGGCCCUGGAGAAGGAUGUGGGGCCCUGGAGCUGGAUGUGGGGCCCUGGAGAAGGAUGUGGGGCCCUGGAGAAGGAUGUGGGGCCCUGGAGCUGGAUGUGGGGCCCUGGAGAAGGAUGUGGAGCCCUGGAGAAGGAUGUGGGGCCCUGGAGCAGGAUAUGGACCCUGGAGCACAGAUGUGACCCUGGAGCAGGGAUGUGGACCCUGGAGCAGGAUGUGACCCUGGAGCAGGGAUGUGGACCCUGGAUCAGGAUGUGGACCCUGGAUCAGGAUGUGACCCUGGAUCAGGAUGUGACCCUGGAGCAGGGAUGUGACCCUGGAGCAGGGAUGUGGACCCUGGAGCAGGAUGUGACCCUGGAGCAGGGAUGUGACCCCGGAUCAGGAUGUGGGGCCCUGGAGCAGGAUAUGGACGCUGGAGCCAGGAUGUGACCCUGGAGCAGGGAUGUGACCCUGGAUCA